AUCUCACGUCACCCACUUUUGUUGGACUAUAAAAAAAAUGAAGUAGAUAAUAUGAUUGUUAUGAUGGAGCUAGCCAAUGAAGAUUUAAUGAAUAAACAAUGGCAACACUUUCAAAAUUAAAAUAAGCCACGAAUUGAAAUAAACAUUGUUCUUCCCAACACAAAUUAAAUAUAUAUAUAUAGUGCACAAAACAGCAUCCAUCCAUCCGGCGGCCAUGGCGGAGAAUAACGAAAAGAAGCAACAUUUCAUAUUGGUGCAUGGGGCCUGUCACGGAGCUUGGUGCUGGUACAAACUCAAACCACUACUUGAGGCUGCCGGCCACCGCGUGACGGUGCUUGACAUGGCGGCCUCGGGAAUCGACCAGAGGCCUCUGGAAGAAGUUCGGACGCUUUCAGAGUACUCAAAACCACUGUUGGAAACGAUGGACGGCGUUAUUGGUGGCGGUGAAAAGGUGAUAUUGGUGGGUCACAGCCUGGGCGGCCUAAGCUUGGCCUUGGCCAUGGAGACUCACCCGGAUAAGGUUGCGGCCGCCGUGUUCUUGACUGCCUAUGUCCCCGACACCGUCAACUCACCGUCCUUUGUUUUUGACAUGCACUCGGAGGUAAACCAUAUAGAAGACUUUCUAGACAUGGAGUUUUGUUCCAAUGGAAGCACCACCCAGCCUUUCACUUCAAUGCUCUACGGCCCCAAAUUCUUGUCCUCCUAUCUCUAUCACUUAUCCCCAAUUCAGGAUUUGGAGCUUGCAAAGACAUUGGCGAGACCAAGUCCGGUGUUGCAUGAGAGUCUAUCCAAAGCAAAGAAUUUUUCAGAAGAGAAAUUUGGAAAAGUGACCAAAGUGUAUGUGAUUUGCAAGGAAGACAAGAUACUUGAAAAGCAAUUCCAAGAAUGGAUGAUCCAAAAUAGUGGAAUUCAAAAUGUGAUGGAGAUUGAAGGAGCUGACCAUAUGCCCAUGUUCUCUAAGCCACAACAACUUUGCCAAUGCCUCCUUCAUACAGCCAAAAAAUAUGUUUAAACUGUUCACACCCAUC